AUGGACGACGACGCAUUUAGGAUCUCUGUGGCAGGAAGUUCGGUGGACAUCCCAUCCGCCUUUCAAAAUCCGUACGCGAGGCUGAUGCGGAUUGACCGCCCCAUAGGAUCGUGGCUUCUCUUUUGGCCUUGCGGAUGGAGUAUAGCGCUGAGCGCACCGGCCGGAUGUUGGCCCGAUUUGUGGACGUUGACCCUGUUUGGGGCGGGUGCGUUUAUCAUGAGAGGAGCCGGCUGCACGAUAAACGAUAUGUGGGAUCGAGACAUUGGGAAAGUGGCCCGGACCAGGAAUAGACCGCUGGUGGCCGGAGAGCUGACUUCGGCCGAUGCUUGGUUCUUUUUGGGAGCCCAGCUAGGUGUGGGCCUGUUGAUCCUGCUUGAACUGAACUGGUACUCGAUUGUUCUGGGGGCCAGCUCUUUGGGGCUAGUCAUCAUCUAUCCGCUGAUGAAACGGAUAACCCAUUGGCCACAGCUGGUGCUGGGGAUGACCUUUAAUUGGGGUGCUCUGCUGGGUUGGAGUGCCACCCAAGGGUCGGUCAUGUGGUCCGCUUGCCUUCCUCUUAUGUGGCCGGCGUUUGUUGGGACCAUCGUUUACGACACGAUCUACGCCCAUCAGGACAAGGUGGACGACGCCCUGCUGGGGAUUAAAUCGACGGCCAUUCGGUUCGGGGACAACACCAAGCUGUGGCUGAGCGGAUUCUCGACGGCGAUGAUCGGUGGCCUGGUGGCGUCCGGAAUGGUGUGCGAGCAAACGUGGCCCUACUAUUCGGCGGUUGGAGUGAUUUCUGCGCAUUUG